UUUAUUAAUACCAAAUGGACGAUAUAGAAGAUCUCGAGGAACAAAUCGAAGAAUAUAAGGAAAGAAUUGAAGACUCUCUCAAAGAUUUUGAUGGCACAAACGCAAUUGAUAGGCUGAAUAAGGUAAAAUCCAUCAAACAAUCGAUUGAAAAUAUGUCUGAGAACCUUAAGAUGUACAGGCAAUUUAUACAAAGACUCUCCAUGGGAGAGUCAAACUCAGAACUUAUGCAAAAACAUAAGGAUUAUGUUGCCCUUGUUGCUGAAUAUCGAAAGGAGGUUGCUCUAGAGAAGAACAAACUCAAAAACGAAGGAGAACUGCUUAAUUAUGAUGAGUCUCUUGAAGAUACCAUGAAUAUACUAGACGAACAAGAACAAAUGAUCAGAGAAGGGCUUAAUAUUCAAGCAAAAUCUAAAAGCAAGCUAGAGGCGAUUAAAUAAAAGGAUUGCCCAGACCCAUGAUCUUACUGAUGCUAAUCUGGUAGAAUUAGAGAGACAGAAAGAACAAAUUUUAAGGAUUAAUGAUAACACUCAGAAGCUUGAUUCCACUAUGAAAAGGACUCAAAAAUACCUAAAAUACUUCGGAAAGUCAUUCUGUAGAGACCCAGUCACUCUAACCCUUGUAGUACUGAUAGUUCUCUCAAUUGCAGCUGUAAUCGUCGUUCAAUUUAUGCCAAAGAAGGAGGAAUAAGCGCACAAUAUAAUUUCUUUCAAUUCCCAACAGU